ACCUAUGUGUACACGUUAUAUAUAGUCCUUCCAGUAUAGAUAUAUCAUCUCCUAUCCCUCUUUCUUCUCUCUAUUCCUAUAUAAAAUGUGUAUAUAUAGACGAGAGAGAAAACACAUACUCAUAUUAGGAUAUCUGUGUAUUUAUAAACGGUGUGCUCCACAGGUUUGUGCAACUCACUCUCUUGUGCAGUACCCCUAAAAGAACACUAGAUGGCGGUAGCGCUCUCUGAGCCUCUGUGUCACCUGCUCUGUUGCUGCCGUCAGGUUGCUGUAGGAAUGCUGAGGAGCCACUCCCGUGCAGUGCUGCCCCCGCCCUAUUACUUGUCACUAUACACCUCACCCGGUUACACCUGCUCCAUUCACCUCCAGGAUUUCUCAUCGGCUGCACUCUGUGAUUUGCUCAUCAGGCUCUCUCAGAGUAAGGGCAUGGUUUAUUGUGAAAAAACACAGCUCCCCUAAGCACAAAAGUAUCCUUGUGAGAAAAUGCCGAGCAACCUGUUGAAACUAAGCUCUUCAAGCAUGGAAUCCGAGUUUGAGAGAAGUGGAAGUUUUGAUAGUCAAAGCAGUCAACGUUCAAGGUCCCGAAGCCAUAACUUUGAUGAUGAAAACCUGAAAUACCUUACAAAUGAAGAGAAGAAUGCCCUUAUGUUCUUGGAAGAAACAUUAGAUGCUUUUGAAGAUGACCUUGAAGAACCACCUCUUUCUGCCAAUUCAAGUAUUGGCUACUACUCCCCAAGGUCUACAGAAGAUAGCCACUCUGACACUGAAGACAUCAUUGAUCUCGUCCAGACUGAGCUUAACCACGUGGGGAUUUCACCAGAAGAUUCUAGAGUUGAGCUAAGUAGUAGUAGCUUGAAUCAUAGUACCAAAGAUGCUUGGACCUCACAGGCAACCAUGACAGUAAGUUCUCCAAUGGCUAUUUCACAGAUGGACUCUGAGAAGCUUUCUCCUGAUCUAUCAGAAGAAUAUUGGAAACUACAUGGUGCUAUUCCAACACCAGUUAUUAUUGCUCAAAAAAUGUCAGAGAAAAAAAGCGACAGUGAAAAUAUGUCGCCCUUGUCGCCUAAAGCUGAAAAGUCACCGGAACCGAAAAAAAGUGUGGGAACCUCACCUAUGAAUGAAGGUCAUUUUAUAUUUCCUGGAUCACCAAAUGCCAAAUCCAAUCGUUUUCCAAAUAAUAUAAUUAUUAAACCAGUUGGGAAACAGUAUAACAAAACUAUUGCCAAAGCAGCUGUCAGUGUACAAGAACGCAAAGCUCAAGUGCUGGCUAAUUUACAUUGCCCUGGAUUGUUUGCAGACGAAAUUGAUGCUAAAAAUCAACUGGGGCGAAGGACUUCAUUUCGAGAUGUGCCAUCAGAGCAGACAAGAUAUGAAGCAUUGACCAAACUCGGGUUAGUUAAAGAAAUCCCUGUUCAAGCUGAUGUCCCUUCAGCUGAUGUAUACAAAUCUCCUGUCUCAAAUGGUGAGCAUUCCCCCAAGAUGUUGCCUCCAGAAACAAACAGAAAACAUUCAAAUGAGCCUGAGAGUAUCAGCAAAAUCUUGAUGAACGAACCAAGCACCUUUGUUCCUUUAGGGAAAACUGUUCUUAUAAAAGGUGAAGCAGCAUCCUCUAUAGAAAGGAACAAACGGCCCAGUAGCCUACAAGUUGCACAUGAGAAAAAGCAAACAAAUACUCAUCAGGAAAUCAAAAGAACUUAUUCUAUGCCAAGACCUGCAGGUUUAUGGUCUCAAGGGAUUACAGUGCAGUUUUCUGGACGUAACUCUUCAGAGGAGUCUAGAAAAGAUGCUUUAAGAAGACUUGGCCUACUGUCAGGACACUGAAAUAUUUCCACAUUUCCAGGACACUGUUGUAAUUUACUGAUGACUCUUAUGUUGCCUGCAUUAUAGAGAAGGCUGAUGUUUCACAAACACAAGGAACAGAACAUUGAUUUACAGCCAGUUAUAUGUACAUUUGGUUUAAAGUGUAUAUUACUUAUGUAUUUUUUAGAUUUUUUUUAUGUAAUCAUAUUACAGUACAUAUGAAGGUAGAAUUACCACUACAAAUGGAAGAUGAAUUUAGGUGUGAGGAUUUUUUUUAGAGCAAAACCAAUAUAUUUACUUAUCAUUGGUAACACACUGGUUAAUUGAUAUCGUUGUUUUAACUGUGAUUUUUAUUUCCCUGAGAGCAAUAACGAUAAUCUAUAAAUACCAUGUUAAAUAUGUUUCUAUUUAUUAAAUAUAUUUGCAUCCCAUUGUAAACUUAAUAAGAUGUGUAAGGCUAGGUUUCCACACAGGUUCUUUUCUGGCGUUUGGCUCAAAAACUGCAGUGUCAGUUUUCCAAAAAAAGUCAGAAGUGGAUCCAGCAGGAAGAAGUAUAAAUUCUUCCCUUAUAUUUCCGAUUUCUUUUAAAUACACUACUGCAGUGGCAGUUUUCCAAAAUCACUAGGAAAAAAAAUCUGUGUGGAAACCUAGCCUAAUGGUGCUUAGAGUUGAAUGCAUUCUAAUGAGGUUUAUGGCACUUUCUAAUUCCCAAGAAACAUCCAGUGACUCUUUCAAUCUGUGAAAUCAAUUGAAUGUGUUAGGCCGGGUUCACCCGAUAAGUCUAUUCUUUCUGCGGAUGCCAGAAUCAGGAUUUCUGCACACACAAUUCCGCUGUGUGCACAGUGCAGUAGAAUCCCCUUAAAAUUCAGCACGGACAUUCCGCCAUGUAAACAUAGCCUUAGUGCUAGAAGAAAAGCUUUUUAAGGCGCUCUUUUUGAAGUAGUUGAAGAGUAUUUAAAAUAAUUUAUAGAGUUUUCUGAAUUAAACCAUUAUUUUUGUUUAGUAUUGUUUAAAGUAAAACUUAUAUUAUAGUUUUUGUAGUGAAAAUAUAUAACCAUAUACUGUGCCAUUUCUGUAGGGGAUGCAAAGAUUUUAGUUACAACUGGCCCAUAUAAGAACAAAAAACCUAUGUGUUCAAGUAAUGGUUAGUUAUGGGUUUCCCAUAUGUGAGAAGUUACAGCUAAACAUUUAAUUUAUAUAAAAUGUUCCAGUUGGAAAGAUAUUCCAAAAUGUAAAGGGGGGGGGGGGGGGAUGUUUGUGUUCACAGAUGUUUAAUAUAAACUUCAACAAGGAUUCCAGAAUCUGAAGAAUGUCGGUAUUCAGAUUGAUUAAUAAUUCACUAAAUGCCUCUAGCAACCUUGUGUUUAGUGAAAACACAGAUCAACAGAUAGGAAUAAUUCCAUUGGAAGCAUAUAAGCUGGUAUACAUGCCCAACGACCACAAAAAGCCUUCAGGAUGUCAGGGACUCUGUGACUCUACAUAUUUUAUUCAUAUGACAAUAAACUUCUAAAAUGUUAUUAAAGAUUGUGAGUGAUGUUUAGUUGUUUUUUAUUGCAUCAAAUGCAAUGGGAUUUGUUACCUGGAACAUGUUCUCUAUUGAUUUAUGUUAUUCUGGAAUUUAUACUAGACAUACAAAGCAAAAUAUUGGAUUAUUAGUAAUCUCAAAGAAACAUCUUCAGGCACAUACAUGUCUGUGUUUACUUAAUCCAGGUUAAAUGUUCUAUUGUGUUUCACACACUCUACCCUUUGAACACCGCACUUACAAGGCGAAUAUCUUUAGAAGAAGCCUUUAUGAAGGUGUUCUCCCUUCGCUUUUGAUAUCCAUGCAGUGGGCCUGUCCUUACAGAUUUAUUAAUGAAAAACACUAUAAUUAUUUUGACUUCACUAGCAGCAUAUGCGACAGGUCUGCUUUUGAGCUAGUUCUAGCUUACACUCAAUUUUUAAGUAAAUGUCACCAUAUAUACAAAUGACCUUUGUGUUAUACAUAAUGUAUACAUGCACAGGGAGAUUUAUCAAUAUGAG